AUCAGCGUCACCGUGCCCUGCUAGACAGAGCUCACUGGCUACCAGAACACAUUCUCCCCAAACCCUCAGGGUCUGGGUCAUGGGACCUCGAGCCCUGGUGCUGCUGCUCUCGGGGGCCCUGGCCCUGACCGAGACCUGGGCGGACACUCACACCCUGAGAUACAUCAGCACCGCUGUGUCCGGACCGGGCCGUGGAAAGUCCCGGUACGUCGUCGUCGGCUAUGUGGACGACACGGAGAUCGUGCGGUUCGACAGCGAUGCUGCGAGUACCAGGCUGGAGGCGCCCGCACCGUGUUCCGAGCGGCCGUGGUCGGAGCAGGAAAAGCCGUACUAUUGGUACCAUCGGUCAAGGUUUUGCGCGCACAACGCACAGAUCAACGAAGGGAACCUGAACAAGCUGCGAGCCUACUUCAACCAGAGCGACAAUGUGUCUCACACCUUCCAGGCAAUGAGUGGCUGCACCCUGGGGCCAGACGGGAGCUUCCUUCGCGGGUACACGCAGUUCGCCUACGACGGCACGGACUUCAUCGGCCUGAAUGAGGACCUGCGCUCCUGGACCGCGGCCCAGGACACCUGGCGCAAGUUGGUGCAGGUCCCUGAUGCGGACGUCAGGAGGUUCUUCCUGGAGGACACAUGCGUGCGCCGGCUCCAACUGUUCCUGGAGAAGGGGAAGAAGAUGCUCCUACCAGCAGAUCCUCCAAAGAUACACGUGACCCACCACACCAUCUCUGACCAUGAGGUCACCCUGAAGUGCUGGGCCCUGGGCUUCUACCCUGCGGACAUCACCCUGACCUGGCAGCGUGAUGGGGAGGACCUGACCCAGGAUGUGGAGCUGGUGGAGACCAGGCCUGCUGGGGAUGGAACCUUCCAGAAGUGGGCAGCUCUGACUGUGCCCCCUGGAGAGGAGCAGAGAUACACGUGCCAUGCACAACACCAGACAAUGCCUGAGCCCCUGACCCUGAGAUGGGAGCCCUCUCCUCAGACCACCAUCACCAUUGUGGGCACCGCUGCUUUUCUGAGUCUCCUUGGAGCUGUGGUCACUGGAGCUGUGCUAUGUUGGAGGAAGUGCUCAGGCAGAGGCAGGAAGAGUUGUGCUCAGGCUGCCUGCAGCGACAGUGCCCAGGGCUCUGAGGUGUCUCUCACAGCUCCUGACGUGUGACAGAGCUGCCUUGUCCAGGACUUGUUACUAAAACAGUCUCUACAGCGUCCUCUUGGGACUUUAAGGAUCCCUGACUGCUGUUUCUGCACCAGCAUCGGAAUGUCGUCUGCAUCCUUAUCAGCACCAGUGAGAAGCUGGUCACCAGGCCACUCUCCCCACAGGGACCUGUAUCCUCUCCCCUGGGGACUGUCCUGUCCUAGCUGCAAUGAGCUGAGACCAUCCCCAUCCUGGUAAUUCCUCAGCUGGGUCAUCUUUGUGCUUCCUUUGUCCUCACCACUUCAGGAGAAUCUUGUCCCAUCAUGAUCUGGGGUCCCAGGUACUUGAGCGUCACCUAGGCCUUGUCCUGGUGACUCCAGGACUGUGCUCAGUGAGGGCUUCCUGUGGCCAUGUCAGCCUCAGCUCAGGCUUGGGUCUGGUCCUCAGCCCCCAUCUUUUGGGUAUCUGUGGUUUCUUUGUUUUUGUAGCUAUUAUGUCUACUCUUGUUUUCUAAUUAAAUUAUUAGAGUAUUUUUAUUAAAUUA